GAACCAAUCCGGACGGGCUGGCGAGUGGCAUGGCUGCCCCCAGCUCUCCGGGCUCCGGGUAUACUGGUAACGCUUCAAGAUAGUUGUGGUCGUCUCCCGGUGUCCGAGCUAGGUUCUUCAGGUCUGCAGUCCUAGUCUAUCGGGCCGCAGAGCCUGGGCUCUGAGGAGAAUGGAUCCUUCUUUGGAUACAUGGGACUUCUCUUCACCUUUAAUAUCAUUAUGGAUAAACAGGUUUUACAUAUAUUUGGGCUUUGCCUUUGGCAUUAGCCUUUGGAUUUGUUUCCAGAUUGUCAUCAGGAAACAGUUGUUUAUCUUCAAGGGCAAGAACUCAAAGGAUAAAUCUGUUCCAAAAGCAACUCGGGAUUUGAUGACAAAUGGUUAUAUCUCUCUUCAAAAGAAGGACAUCUUAGUGUCUGGAGUGAAGAUUUUCUAUGGUUCCCAGACUGGAACAGCGAAGGGAUUUGCAGCAAGUCUUGCUGAAGCAGUUACCUCCCUAGGUCUGCCUGUGGCGGUUAUUAAUCUCCAAGAAUACGAUCCAGAUGAUCAUCUAGUAGAAGAGGUUACUAGUAAAAACGUUUGUGCCUUCGUGGUUGCUACGUAUACUGAUGGUCGACCCACUGAAAGUGCAGAGUGGUUCUGCAAAUGGUUAGAGGAGGCAUCCAGUGAUUUCCGAUUUGGCAAAACUUACCUGAAGGGUAUGAGAUAUGCUGUAUUUGGCCUGGGAAAUUCUGCCUAUGCGAACCACUUCAACAAGGUUGGCAAGAAUGUCGAUAAGUGGCUCUGGAUGCUUGGUGCUCACCGUGUGGUGGCUAGAGGGGAGGGUGACUGUGACGUGGUUAAAAGCAAACAUGGCAGCAUUGAAGCUGACUUCAGAGUUUGGAAGACCAAGUUCAUCUCCCGGCUACAGGCACUUCGGAAAGGAGAGAGAAAACCCUGUGGCGGCAACUGCAAGAAAGGCCAGUGUGAAUCAUCUGCGGAGGAAGAGCCCUUUGAGAGCACCAGUGAGGAAGAGUCUGGUACUGAGGACCACCAGAAUCUAAAUUCUGUCGUCGAUGUUGAGGACCUCGGCAAAAUUAUGAAUUGUGUGAAGAAAGAAAAGAGAGAGAAGGAGCACCAGGAGGAGAAAAGCACUCUGGUCAGGAACGCCGUGAAGGGUGAAGCCAGUGAAAGAAGGGCUAUGAUAACCCCUGCUCUCCGAGAAGCCCUUACUAAACAAGGUUAUCAGUUGAUUGGGAGCCAUUCUGGGGUGAAGCUUUGCAGAUGGACAAAGUCGAUGCUCCGAGGGAGAGGAGGUUGCUACAAACAUACAUUUUAUGGUAUCGAAAGCCAUCGUUGCAUGGAAACUACCCCAAGCUUGGCAUGUGCAAAUAAAUGUGUCUUCUGUUGGCGGCACCACACCAACCCAGUGGGCACUGAAUGGCGGUGGAAGAUGGACCAGCCUGAAAUGAUCUUAAAGGAAGCCAUUGAAAACCAUCAGAGCAUGAUUAAGCAGUUUAAAGGAGUCCCAGGUGUCAGAGAAGAUCGUUUUGAAGAAGGGAUGAUGGUAAAGCACUGUGCCUUGUCCCUUGUGGGAGAACCCAUCAUGUACCCAGAAAUCAAUAGGUUUUUGAAAUUACUCCAUGAGUGUAAAAUCUCCAGUUUCCUGGUCACAAAUGCACAAUUCCCUGUGGAAAUCAGGAACCUCAAACCAGUCACACAGCUGUAUGUCAGUGUGGAUGCUAGCACCAAAGAUAGCCUGAAGAAAAUUGACCGCCCACUCUUCAAGGAUUUCUGGCAGAGAUUCCUCAACAGCUUAAAAGCCUUGGCAGCAAAGUUGGCUUUUCCUUUGUUUCAGCAACAGCGUACCGUGUACAGGCUGACUCUAGUGAAAGCGUGGAAUGUAGACGAACUCCAGGCCUAUGCCGAGCUGGUGUCCCUGGGGAAUCCUGACUUCAUCGAAGUGAAGGGUGUCACCUACUGUGGAGAGAGUUCAGCAAGCAGUCUCACCAUGGCCAACGUGCCCUGGCACGAGGAGGUGGUACACUUUGUCCGCGAGUUGGUGGCUCUCAUCCCCAACUAUGAAAUUGCUUGUGAACAUGAACAUUCCAACUGCCUCCUGAUAGCUCACACAAGGUUUAAGAUCGAUGGCGAAUGGUGGACAUGGAUUGAUUAUAACCGGUUCCAGGAGCUCGUGCAGGAAUAUGAAGAUAGCGGUGGAUUAACGAAUUUCAGCGCAAAGGAUUAUGUGGCCAAAACCCCCCUCUGGGCAUUAUUUGGUGCCAGUGAAAGAGGCUUUGAUCCCAAGGACACAAGAUAUCAGAGAAAGAACAAAUCCAAGGAUAUUUCCGGGUGUUGAGAUUAUCUGACUGUAGGGUACUGACGGACAAGAACUCCCGGCCCCCGAAGGUUCUCACGCCUCACUGUGGUUUUUCAAAGGACACGUCACGUGACUUGUGUUUCAUGUAGGGAAGAAUGGAAGGCUGCACACGGGGACACAAGUCACCCCCCGGGGUUGGGGAGGUGGCAUCCACACUCUGAGUGCCUGGGACUCAGCCUCACGUGUCUUUUCAGAGCUCAGUCCCUUUCCUGAUUUUACUUUUGAGAGGAACAUCAUUGCGGGGGAAGUACACAGCCAUUAGAAUUUAACUGGUGGUUUUGAAUCAUAACUUGUAAGACUCCCAAGAAUGCUAUUCCUGAGGGUGUUAUAAGGGAUGAAUGUCUGUUCCUCUCCCCUUCGUGGGCUGUUGACCUUUGUGGACUGUGUUACCCCAAGGUAAGUAGAUCUGCCCCCCCCCCCCCGAGACCUCCAUCCCUUCUUUAGAUUUAAGAUAACACCUCCCAGAAGUCAUUUAAGUUGUCACAAUUCUCAAUUAUUUUUAAGUACUGCACAGAUUAAAGUUUUGCUUAGUACCAACCCUUUAUGAACUUGCAUUGGAUCUGAAUGUCCUAGAUCUCACUCCGUUCUCGUACAGAUUGCCAUAGAAGGUAUUAGUGGCUGCACCAGUGUGAAAGGGCUCUUCUGGAAGAAGAAUGGCUCUGUGAUGUCAUCAGUUAGUCUCACAGACAAACUCUGAAACUGAGUAUGGUUUGCUUUUUGUUCAAAAAGUCAGUGGUCAAGCCCCUGUCCUUAUACACAGAACAAGUCCCCACCUUCUUUUCCCUCUUGUAGCCCGAGCUACUUUACACAAUCUGUUCUUCAGGGUUCAAGUUUUUUCUACUUGAAAACAUCAUUGAAUACCCAAUAGUUUUUUUAAAAUAUCAUAGCUAUUUUUAAAAAAUUCCUUUAUCCUAAAAUUUUGAUUAAUAAAAUCUUUUGGAAAGACU